AGGCGUCUCGAUGACUUUAAACGGGUUUAAAACUCGUCUCAACAGAGUUCGGCUGGUUUUUGGUGAUUUAGUCUGUUGACAAUACAAGAAACGGAGCGAGUUUGAUCUCACCUGUCAGCUGCUUUAGGAGGGAAAACUGAAACCUGUGAGCGCCUUCUGAUGACAAAGAUGGUUUAAAUCAUCCUACUUUUACACUUUUUAGUGAUUAAAAACUAGAUCUUUUUGUGUUUGGCUCAUUAUAUGACUUAUUCAAUAGCAUGGAAAUCAAACAGAAUUCAACAUUUUGAGGACAAAAUAAAAAUAAAAAUGCAUUUUUAUAAUCAUAUUUAAUGAAAGCCUUGUAUUUUCAGAUAUUUGUUUCAGAACAGAGACCAAGCUGUACUAAUUCUGUAGGAAAAUGACUUUAAACUAUUUGAAAAGAAGCCAGUUUUAGUUUUAGUUUAAUUCGUGAUAUUCUUACAUUUGUGCUUGUAAUCGUGUUUUUAUUCACUAAAGUCAACAUGAAUUCUCCAGAGAGCAACAAGAACGUCUGCACAGAACGUCAGAUAGUUUGUUUUAAGGAGAACCGGAUCAGGUUUUAGCGUUCUGAGGUUCAGUCUGAAGCGUCUUCAACAGAAUCCACUUGUCUGCAGGUCCAGACUGUCUGAAGACCAAGAUGUCUGAGCUGCGUCUGUACUGCGACCUCCUCGUCCAGCAGGUGCAGGCCAUCCAAUCACAGCACACCGCCGACACAGAGGCCACGCCCACUUCAGAGGCUUCUCUGCUCAGCGCGACCUGCACGACCUUCAUCAGGACGCUGGAGGAGUGCAUGACGUUGGCCAACCAGAGUCUGACCCCCGACCUCCGACCUCCUGAACGGAUGAAGAGGUCCAUCAGCCACCCUGGAACGUACAGCUUCGACAGGUCGGGCGUCCUGAAGGAGUUCGUCGGCGGAGGCCAAAAGUCGACUCAGCGCAGAAACCGGACGUGUUCCGACAGCUCGGUCUACGACACUGAACGUUUGCUGCCGAGCCUCAACGGCGACUCGUCCUCCAUCCCUGAGGAGCGAGGAAGCAGCCUGAAGACGACGCCCACCGACACCGACACCGACCUGUCCAUCUGAGGUCCACCUGAGGUCCACCUGAGGAGAACCUGCAGAAGAAAACACCACCAGAUCAGUCGACGUCAAAUCGACCUCCUGAGAACGUCCCUCUUGAUCGCCAAACACUGUGGAGUCAUUACUUAUCGUUCCUUAAGGCUUUUUUUUUUUUAAUUUAGGUGUUUCAAACUGUAGGGCAGGAUGAGACGUCAGGAGAUUCCUCAGCUGGACUUUAACACAUUCGAUGCUUUAAUCUGCUGGAAUCCGAGGAAACCCUCGUGUUUCAGCUCCUCACUGUGGACGGACGCAGCGAGUCAGACCUGCAGCUGCCGUUGAAUCCACUGGAUGAUUGUACCGAGCUGCAGUCGGAACACAACCAACUGUGAAUUCCUGUUUUCUGGACACGUUUCGACGCCGGCGCUGCUUUAAGCGGACGCAGGAAUGUACGCAGCCGUCGUCUUGUGGCCAAAAAAAUUCUCACACAGCCAAAAGUUUUUUGAAAUCCAGUAACGUGAGAAGCUUCUCUCUUCUGCCUUUUUCAGCGAGAACUCUGAACGUCUUCUUCCCUCUUGUGCAGCAUCUCCUGUAUUAUUCUUCCAGCCGUCCGUCCUCCUGUAUCUGAAACCGGGCUGAUAAGUGGUGUCUUUGCAGGAUCCUGAGGCCAGUUUUUUUCUCCACCACAUUGUUCCAGCAGAGCCGAGACGCUUCAGACGCUCGAGUUUGCACAAAUCUCUCCACAUCAAAGCCGCCACCUUUGAACCACAACAGAGUUUUCGGUGUUUGUUUUCCACCUGAACUCCGGUCAGGUGAAGGGCGUCUCUAAUUACAGCCGCUGCCUCGUGAUGCGUCUGGCGGGGGUUUCCAGCCGAGCGACGCCACGUCGACACAGAACUGGAUGAUUCUACGUUUUGAACCGCCGCCGUCCAGACGAAUACAGCACUUUUAGUUUAUUGUGAGAGUUUUGCCGAACAGAUCCUGGAGGAAAGUUGUGUUUCCAGUGAACUUUAAAAAUUAGAGGAGAAUAAACUCGUCGUGUCAUCAGAAGGUGGCGCUGUGGCUAAACAGCUGUAAUUAACAGAGUAGAAAAAAAAAAUAAACAGCUGUUGCCAACCAGUAAAAAUCCUGGAAGAUGACGAAGAAACAAACAAAACUUGAGAGCAAAAUUGAGAAAAGUUUUCAGGAAUUUUGUACAUUUAGGAAAGUUGUAAUGACGCAAAAGAGUCGGUUGCUCAGUAGCGCGAGUUUAAUGUUCGCUACGUCAGAACUUAACCCCUUAAAAGGAGUUUUCAUCUUUCAUUAACUCCUUUUUUAAAAGUAAAAAAAACCAAACAAAUCCAGUUAAAAUAAGACUUUCUUUGCACAUUUUUUCCCCCGCCAUAUUUUGCCAUUUCUACAACUUAGUACUUCAAAAAUACGACCACACAAGCCAACGCUAACAGCAACACAACUGAACCGACCGAGUGUUUCUCUUUAUGACUCGUGUGCCAAACUGUCCCUAAAGCUGGUGUCAUCUGCAUAGAAUCGAAUUUGGCAAAUGACAAAUGGUUCACUGGGGCUGCCACAAAUGACUAUUUUUCUAUUAAAUAAGCUAUCGACCAUUCUACCGAUACCUUUAUUAAUGUAAUGAACAGUACAAACAGCGACAUUUAAUGCACUCCACAGGAUUAUAAUUUAACAUUUAAUGUUGCUCGGAUAAACUUUAACGUCACUCGGAGCCUCAAAAGGUCAAACGCUGGCGUCGAAGUGAGGACGAUGCUGCUUACGGAGGAUCUUUUUUUGUGAUUUCCUAGUAAUUCCAAGCAGAGUUGUUCCAAAUGCGCUCACAGUUUUGCUGCUCGACAAUCUCAGAUUUGCCUGAAAUUUGUACAGCAUAAAAUAUGGAUAUUUCUAAAGAUGUCUGAGUUAAACUGUCAUCGACCGGCUGUAGAUUCUGAAUCAAAGACAUGACGAUAAACAGCUGUUCAGGAUUUUGUGUUAUUGUCGUUCAAACAACCUCAGAUUUCAAAUGUGCAAAACAUACCCAGACUAAAAUCGGAUCGACGGGCAGAUUUUUUCUGUUUAAUCUCAAAGUAGUUCAUAUAUCAAGCUGGAAUUUCACAGACACAAUCUGAAAUGUCCAUACUUUAUGACAAAAGAAGACGGUCGAGCAGAAAUCCUCUGGUGAUCGUAAAAGCAGCAAAAACUACAUUAAAUGUACGAAUCAAAGUGAGUCUAAGAUAAAUGGAGAUAAAUCGCCUCCAAAGUCCUGCACAUUGUUGUGUUAGGAAAGUUUAAAUAAAGAAUUAUCUGAGUUCGGUUCAGUUUUCGUCCAGUUAAAGGACACUUACGCCAAAACACACACACAUGACGUCACAGUACGUUUGUAUUAAACUUUCAUGUCUCGAAGAGAAAUCCCCCGUUUUCCCCCAAAACAUGCAGUUUGUAGAUGUUGUUUUGCACUUUAAAGUUUUCUUUUUGAAUGUUUGUGCGCUGAGAAAUGGAUUUUAUUGUCAAAGCGGUACCGUGUUGGACAGCAGUGGUGACGACUGUGAUUCUUGCAGAGUGUUCUGGAGCUGCAGCAGCCUUAUAUGUACCAGUAUGUAAACUUAUAGCGCCUUCUUUUUCUCGUGUUACUUCUACCAAAACGUGUGCUCGCCGUCGCUAACAUGCUCAAGCCGUCGGUCCUCUGUGAAGAAAAGUUUGUCCGACGGCCUCCGAACGCAUGUCGGCUUCACGUUCCGUUGCUGACCUGUGAGUUUCUUUGCAGCUGCAUGGCCGUUCUAUAUUUUCUACACUUUAUCUCGACAUGAGCCUCCGUAGUCCUGCUGCCGAUCGGAGUUGUUGGUCUGUGAUUGAGUCACGAGGUGGAUUUUGUGGUCGAAGCACUUGCAGGAGUUUUAAUGCAGCUAAAAAGAGUAAAUUAAGAACGACGACUAGAUUUCAACUUUUUCCUGCAACUUUUAAAGAAAGUGUACAAAUUUCUGAGUUUGUGAAUGUUUUCUUUUCAGUAUUUUGGCCAUUUUAACUCCUUUCGUUAUGAUUUCGACCCAACAGCUGCAUUCGAUUGAUCUCAGACACUCUGUCGCUUUGGGAAACGCUUUUAUUUUCUCUGCUCAGUUUAGUUUUAGAGACUUCCUACAAAUUAUCUGAAUAUUUUUGUGCAUUUUAACCCUCUGAACCCAAAACUGCCAGUAGCUUUUAAAGUUAUGUUAUCUUUAAAGCAAAAAAAAGCCAAAAUAACGGCGUUUAUCAGAGCUAGAAACUGUGAAAACAGAAACUUUCCCACUGUCCUUGAACUAAUCGUCUGUAACAUGCUGCUCUGGGAGGUAAAUUGACCAAAUUUAGGUGUAUAUUUAAUUCAUUCUACAUUUACGAUUUUGCUAAAAAACAACACUGCUUGCGCUGAAAAAAAAAGUGUAAAAUACAAAUAAUUCAGCGCUCUCCGGUGUAUCUGUGAAGCCGUGACUGACUGGACUGUGACCAACAGUCACUCGACAACAAUUCAGUUUUCGGCUGAACUGCAGGCAGUGUUUAAUUAAAAAUGAGCCCACGGUGAGUUGAAAUGCUCAGAGUUCAGAGGGUUAAACCAACAACACAUAAACAGUUGAUUAGCGACGUGUAAAGGUGCUGCUAGCCUGGCUGUGGUACCUUUAAACAGAGCCCGGCUAGCAGUUUCCCUUUGUUUCCAGUCUUUAUGCUAAGCUAAGCUAAUUACCGCAGGUUUCAAUCUCAGAGAAAGUAAAUAAGCUCAUUUCCCAAAGUGUCAGCGUGUCCUUCAAGGCUCUGAUUAGUGUUUGGAGAAGGGAUAGAGAGAAACAUAAAUUAAUGAAACUGCUGAAUUUCUUUAUGGUAGGUUAUUUUUUUUGUUCGUCGUGGCCAAACCAGCAGAGAUUUUCAUGCCUUAAGUGUCUGUACGAAGUGACGUGUGGUUGAUCAGAUUUUCAUCGUCUAAAUAAAAAAUAUAUUUGAAGUGAA